CAGCAGUGACGUGAGACGCAGCAGGCGAUUAGGACGUGUGCGCUCUUGUUCCUUCCUCUUUCUCGACUCCAUCUUCGCGGUAGCGGCAGAGGCCGCAGUUCAGGAUAUUUCUUCUCUUACAAGCACUCCUUUUCCUCAGUCGCCGACAUGCAGCUUUUUGUCCGCGCCCAGGAGCUACACACCCUCGAGGUGACCGGCCAGGAGACUGUCGCCCAGCUCAAGGCUCAUGUAGCUUCGCUGGAGGGCAUCGCUCCAGAAGAUCAAGUCGUGCUCCUGGCAGGCACGCCCCUAGAGGAUGAGGCUACCCUGGGCCAGUGUGGGGUGGAGGCUCUGACCACUCUGGAAGUAGCCGGCCGUAUGCUUGGAGGUAAAGUCCAUGGUUCCUUGGCCCGUGCUGGGAAAGUAAGAGGUCAGACCCCUAAGGUGGCCAAACAGGAGAAAAAGAAGAAGAAGACUGGUCGGGCCAAGCGACGGAUGCAGUACAACCGGCGUUUUGUCAAUGUUGUGCCCACCUUUGGCAAGAAGAAGGGCCCCAAUGCCAACUCUUAAGUCCGUUGUAAUCUGGCUUUCUCUAAUAAAGCCACUUAGCCUAGUCA